ACUCUCACUUUCUUUUUCACCUGCUGCACCGGACGACCAGCGUGCCCCACCUUGUCAGACGCGGCCAUGGACACCAGCUCCGAGAUCACCACCAAGGACCUGAAGGAGAAGAAGGAGGUUGUGGAGGAGGCGGAGAACGGCAGAGACGCCCUCGCCAACAGGAACGCUAACGAGAGAAUGGCGAGCCUGAGGCCGACAACGAACGAGGUAGAUGAGGAAGGCGGGGAGGAGAAAGAGGAGGACGGCGAGGAGGAGGAAAGCGACUGUGAGGAAGAGGACGGGGAUGAGGACGAGAAGGCAGAGGCAGCUACGGGCAAGUGGGCAGCUGAGGACGACGAGGACGACAACCUGGACACCAAGAAGAAGACCGAUGAGGAUGACUAG